UGCCGCUAGGACCGAUCCCGGGGCCUUUGUCUCGUGUGUGCGCCUGCUCUGCGCUUUGAUGGUCCCAGAUUGUAUUCACGGGAGUUAUUGAUCCUGUUCUCUCGUUUGCCGACCGCUGGUUGCCCACGCGCUGCACCCCAGGCUGCACCACUACCACGCCGCUCCAAGGGAACCGCAUGCGCAGCCGCGAAAAGAUGUACCAAGCUUUCGCGCGGAACGACCCUGAGCUGCGCGCGCGGCGCAAGCUCGAGCGGGCGGCCGCGCGGCGCCGCAACGACCAGAACUGGGGCGCCAUCUGGGCCGCGCCCGCAGCGGCGCCCGAGCCUGUCGCAGUGGUGCCGCCGCCCGCAUCGCCUGACGACGCCGCGGCGCCGGCACCCGCGCCCGAAACCGCGGCUAGUGACGCCGAGCCAGCGGCGGCACUGGUUGCGCUUUUGCGAGCACGUGACGAGCCGGCGGCGGCGGCGGCGCUCUCGCACGAGGAAGCCGCGGCGCCACCGUCAUUACACGACGACGCCGAGCCCGCGGCGGCGGAGCCGUCGCACUCGCCGCGUGACGACGCCGCCGCAAAAGCAAGAGCCUUCGCCCAGAAGCGCCAGCAGCACUACAACAUGGCCGGGCUCCUAGGAAGGAAGUGGGAUGAGGAAGACGAGAUGGAGGACGACGACGCAGCGCCACCGCCACCACACGACGACGCCGCGGCGCCGUCGCCGCCGCCACCCUCGGAAGACGCCGCGCCACCACCGCCGCCGCACGAGUCGGACGACGAGUCCCCGCCGCUCCGCCUCCCGGCGACGGGCCAGACGGGCACGCAGUGGUCGCAGUGGACGACGGGCCCGGCGUCGCAGCGCGCGGCGUCGCAGUGGGCGUCGCCGCCGCCGCCGGAGUGGGACGACGCGCUCCGGCGGCGCCUGCGCGCCGCGGCGCCGGUCGACGCCGCGAACGCGGCCUGCGUGGCCUACGCCGCCGACGAGCGCGCGCGCGCCGCGCUGCCGACGAUGAACGUGUCGCGCGGGGACGUGGACGUGCUGUUCGCGCCCGAGGAGGGGGCUUGGGACUAG